ACCAUUCUUCUUCAAACCCUUUCCACACUGAAAACUUCCGCCGUUCGCCUCCCUGUUGUCCAUGUCGGCCCCGGACGGACGUAAGCUCGGCGACAUCCUGGCUCCGCCACCAUUUUCACGGCCGCGGAACCGAUCUAUGUGGUACAGCCCCCUUUUCAGACGUAGGAGCUCAAGUGAUCCGCCAAGUUCAGUUCAAGAGAAACCCAUGGAGACAGCUAACAGCUCAAGUGAUCCCCCAAGUUCAGCUCAAGAGAAACCCAGGGAGACAGCAGACUCAGCAGUGACUUAUAAGUAUAAUCACGGCCACAAGCCUGUGGUUCAGCGCUCUUGCGUGACUCGUGACAGCCACAGCCAUCCUCCGCGUCUUAUGGAAGAAGAUGAGGAUGAAGAGUUAACCGAGCCCAUUUCAAACAAUAGCGAAGAAGAAGAUGAUGAGGAUGAAGAGUUAACCGAGCCCAUUUCAAACAAUAGCGAAGAAGAAGAUGAUGAGGAUGAAGAGUUAACCGAGCCCAUUUCAAAACAUAGCGAGGAAGAAGAUGAUGAGAGGAUGAAGAGUUAACCGAGCCCAUUUCAAAACAUAGCGAGGAAGAAGAUGAUGAGAGGAUGAAGAGUUAACCGAGCCCAUUUCAAAGAAAUAGGCAAUGAACCGUCAGCACUUGAUUUACGGCUUAUUUGUUGUUUUGGCAGCUUUUGUUUGAAGAUCUUUUCACUCUUGACAAGUGUGUGGUUUGCAAUUCUAGAUUUCUAUUACCGUUUUUGUUUUAAAAAAAAACAGUUCUAGAAAAUGCAUUAUAUUAAAAUGCAGCAAAUGAAUGAAAGCAGCAUGUUCUU